AUGCCGUCGACGACGCAGUCCUUGACCGUCGUCGCAGCGAAGACGCUAAGCAGCCGAAUCUUCUCCAGAUCCGGAUCUACAUCCGCCAGCCCGAGUCGAUGGGCCACGCCGGGUCACGAAGAACGCCCCAAGGGUUACUUCAUGAACCGUACUCCUCCGCCGCAGGGACAGUUGCGCAAAUGGGAAGACUGGGAGCUUCCUUGCUACGUCACCAGCUUCCUCGCGAUCGUCAUCCUCGGCGUCGGGCUCAAUGCGAAACCUGAUCUUUCAAUCGAGACUUGGGCUCAUCAGAAAGCCCUAGAACGCCUCGAGAUGGGGAGGCUCCGAGAUUCUUCUUCCGAUUGA